ACUGUGUCAGGGGGUGGUCUCCACUCCCACAAAUAUGGAAAGUUUUCAGGGAAGGGCCUCUGCCUGAGACAGUUUCCAUAAGAGGAAAGUUUUGCGGUUUUGAGGAGGAACCGAGAGAGUGCCUCUUUUUACACAAAGCUUUGCCUUUGCUUUAAAUUGAAGAAGAAAGGGAAAAUAAUGGUGGUCUUGAACUCUGAAGAAAUAGAAAGAGAAACAAGGAACAGGAGAGAGAAAUGGAGUUGAUGAAUGGUUUCUUAUAGUAAUAAUAACAAAAGCCUCUCUUUCUUGAUUUUGAUUUGUGGGUUGUUAUGGGGAGAGGGAAAGUGGAGUUGAGGAGGAUUGAGAAUGGGGCGCAGAGGCAGGUUACGUUCUCAAAGAGGAAGGCGGGUUUGUUUAAGAAGGCCAGAGAGAUUUCGGUUUUGUGCGAUGCCCAGGUCUUGCUUAUCGUCUUCUCUUCUGCUGGAAAGCUUUACGAGCUCUCGAGCCCCUGUUCAUUUGGGGUGAAGAAGUUCAUGGAGAAGUAUGAGAGGGCCACUCAGAGCAAGUUCUGGGAGAAAGAAUACAUGGAGAUAAGAUCAGAGAUUAAGAAGGCCAAGAAAGUCAGUGACCAGUUACAGAAGGAAUUGAGAUUCCUCAGGGGUGAGGAGGGAAUCGCCUAUUCCUUACCUGUGUUGAACUAUCUUGAACAAAAUCUUGAGAAAGCCAUCUCAAGGGUCCGAGGAGAGAGAGACAGAAUCAUUCAGGAGGAAAUAGACCACCUUGCUAACAUGGAGAUAGUCCAUCAGGAAGAAAGAGAGAAGCUUCAAGAGAAGAUCAGCCAAAUUCCACGUAAUGGACGCCCCUCAUCGCCAUGUUUCACGCAUGGCCUCCGUUUAAACUCAUCUCAUGCAAUGAUGGAUCAUGAAUUGGACCUGAAAUUGGGUCCAAGUACCAUGGUGAAUCACAAUUGAAGGUGGUUAAAUUGCAGAAAUGUUUGAAUAGAAAUGAGGGAGAUCAAGUUUUGUGAUCUCUAUUUAUGAAGAUUCCCAAAGUACUUUGGAUAUUGUAGCUUUUAUUCUAUGUUUUACAUUUCACUGUUGUUUUUGCUUUGGUAGCUUACUGUUGGAUGCUUUUAAAAUAUUAAAAACAAUCAAGGCCACAAGUUUAAGGGCUUUGUACUUUUGCUA